AUGCGCUCUUUUGCUCUCUCUUUCGAAUCCAGAGAGCACAAUACUAGUCCAUCAGUGAAAUUCUUAAGGAAUUCCUCAGCAAAAGCCAAAGGACAGUGUGUACGUCGGAGUGUUGUGCAGUAUCAUUUCACGAACUGGAAUGACUACAAAGCACCUGAGCGCUCCAAAGGAUUAUUGCGGCUUUUGAAUCGCUUACGAGAAUUGGCAGAAUUCAACGAUGGUCUUGUUCGCUGGCUUCGGUCGAACAGGAACAUACAAUGUGUCUUCAUCCAAAAGGCUACGGCUGAGUGGCAUCUGUUUGGCUACACGGAUAUGGAUUUUGAACAGCUGAAAGAACAUUAUCAAGAUUUGUUGGAACCAGCAAAUGAAGUAUAUAGACUUGAAAGGACUCUGGAAACUCCUGCGAAGUGCUCGUUUGCAGCCAACGAAGACAAUCUGAUGAAAAAUUGA